AUGACGCUUGGGACUGUAGCGAGGAUUUCUAUCCUCCUUCCCCUCUAUAUCCUGAUUUAUGCAGUCAUUGCUGAGCCUUAUGUAGAAGGCGAUCGAAGAAUAUUCCCCGCAGAUGCUACUAACGUUGAACUCCACACCUACACUGGGGACAGUGGAGUACCAGACACUUACAUUGUCAAACUAAAGCAGGGAGUGGACCCACAAACCACAUCAACAUUUGUGGAAAAUUUGAAGUCCGAGCCAUAUUCUGUCACAAAUGGACGUAGCUCUGCCUUUGAAAAUGACCCCUCGGUCGGGGUGAUGAUGGACUUCGGGGACACGAAGAUGGUUGUAGUCGAAACACAAGAGGAGGGUCUCCGUCUACUGCGGGGGAGGGUGGACGUGGUGGAAGCCAUUUACCAGGACAGUAUAGUGACCACGGCACAGGCACCAGUAUGCUACGUCCCGUGUGAGUGUCCGGCGGCUGAGGAACCUGUGGAUAACAACGUAUGCCCACCGAAGACGGCUGCAACAGAUUGGGGCCUUGACAGGAUUAAUCAACCGAAUGGUCAACUGGACGGCAAAUUCAAUGUCAUGGGUACCGGAAGUGACGUCAACGUCUAUAUUUUUGAUUCAGGGAUUUACGCGGAACAUCAAGAAUUUUCAAACAGCGACGGCUCCACACGUGUUUCUGAGGGUUUCAAAGCCUUGGACAGCUGGAACUUUACCGACAUCUAUGGACACGGCACCCACGUGGCCGGGAUAAUUGGCGGGAAAACAGUGGGCGUGGCAAAAAACGUCAAUCUUAUCAACGUGAAAAUACUAAAUGAUGCUGGAUCUGGGCAAGUCAGUUGGGCCAUAUGGGCUAUGUACGAAGCAGCGUUUCCGAUACUCGCCUCUGGUCAGAAGUCUAUUAUGGUGCUGGCAUUGCAGUCCAGUCGCAACGAUGCUUUUAAUGAUGUGAUACAGACAUUUACUAAUUAUGGUGUGACAAUAAUAACGGGGUCUGGCAACAAUAAUGGCCUGUCAUUUUACCAAUCCCCCGGUAGUUCCGAAGCCGCCAUCACUGUUGGUGCAUCAGCCGCAGGAGACACCAAGGCCAUCUAUUCCAACUAUGGGCCCGAGGUAGACAUUUGGGCUCCGGGCACGGACAUACUCAGUAGCGCAACCGGCUCCCCGGACGCCUACGACCAAGGUAGCGGUACAUCAGUUGCUGCCGCUUUUGUUGCCGGCGCGGCCGCCGCCUACAUGAGCUCGCUCGAUUACCGACCUGCACCAGCAGAAGUGGCGGCCUAUCUCAUUCAGCAGGCUACAGACAACGUGAUCACUGACAGCCCGACUCAACAUAACUGUCGAUGGGAAGCGACAUGUUACGGAGCACAUUUCUGGAGUUGCAGAAUUCAGUGGGUAUGUGAUAGCAUUUCCACAACAACCAGAUUUCUUCACGUCGGGUGUAACUCUGAUGCGACAGUUAAAAAGUAG